CUUCCCAGCCGGGCUGAAAGGGCUCGGGUAGCCGGCCUUGUCUGCCCUUAAAGAGCCCCCUGGACGGCCUGGCCCCAACUGCCCUCGCCGAGCCACGCAAAGGGGGCUACUUCUGGUUCUCGUCGGCCUCCCAGGUUGGCUUUCCUUCUUUUUCCGAAGGUGGGCCCUUAGGUUUACCGCCCGGAGCCUGCGGCCGCCGGGAAACCCAAACCCGAGUGUCCGGAGAGUAACCGGAAGUGCCGUCCCAAGCGGAGGGGUGGCGCCGGCUGCUGCGGUGAACUGUUUGGGAAGGAACUGAUGGCUACCAGUGGCAGGUGCUUCUUGCAGGAGAAAACAGAAUGUAAGGAAAGGUGGGAAGAGGAGAGGGAAGAAUUGAGUGUUGUGAAUAGUUAUGGACUAGAGACCUUUUGGAGCCAAAAGGAAGAUAGUCUUGAGUCUUUGUUGUUAUGGGUUGGAAAUACCAAGUAAAAAGUUAGUAUAUAUGAUGCUGGAAACUUGCAGAGAGGAGCUGCUCAUGACUGAAAGGCCUAAAACAGAUGUAUCUUUCAAGUUCUCAUUGAGAAAAUGACUGUGAAGAAAAUGAUGGGUCAGGAAGACCAGUGGAAAACUCCCUAGGAGAGAGCCAUAGAAAAUGUACACUUCAGAAGAGAGGUAUAAUCAGAGAACUCAAAAAAGGAAAAUAUAUCAUGUAUGCCCUCAGAAGGGUAAAAAGAUUUUUAUUCAUGUGCAUGAGAUUACUCAAAUAGAUGAUCAAAUAUACCAGUGCCUUGAACGUGAGCAAAACUUCUGUGAAAACUUAACUCUUAUUAUGUGUGAGAGAACCCAUACUGGGGAGAAACCUUAUAGAUGUGAUAUGUGUGAGAAAACCUUCAUCCAAAGCUCAGAUCUUAUUUCACACCAGAGGAUCCACAAUUAUGAGAAACCUUAUAAAUGUAGCAAAUGUGAGAAGAGCUUUUGGCACCACUUAGCCCUUUCAGGACACCAGAGAACACAUGCAGGUAAAAAAUUCUAUACAUGUGAUAUUUGUGGCAAGAAUUUUGGUCAGAGCUCUGAUCUGCUUGUCCACCAGCGAAGCCAUACAGGCGAGAAACCAUAUCUAUGUAGUGAGUGUGACAAAUGCUUCAGCCGAAGUACAAACCUCAUAAGACACCGAAGAACUCACACAGGUGAGAAACCAUUUAAGUGUCUGGAGUGUGAAAAAGCUUUUAGUGGGAAAUCAGAUCUUAUUAGCCACCAGAGAACUCAUACUGGUGAAAGGCCCUACAAAUGUAAUAAGUGUGAGAAAAGUUACCGACACCGUUCAGCCUUCAUUGUUCAUAAAAGAGUUCAUACUGGAGAGAAGCCCUAUAAGUGUGGUGCCUGUGAGAAAUGCUUUGGCCAGAAAUCAGACCUUAUUGUACACCAGAGAGUCCACACAGGUGAGAAGCCGUAUAAAUGCUUAGAAUGUAUGCGAAGUUUUACUCGGAGCGCCAACCUAAUCAGGCACCAGGCAACUCACACUCACACUUUUAAAUGCCUGGAAUAUGAGAAAAGUUUCAACUGUAGUUCAGACCUAAUUGUGCAUCAAAGAAUUCACAUGGAAGAGAAACCACAUCAGUGGUCUACAUGUGAGAGUGGCUUCCUCCUGGGCAUGGACUUUGUUGCCCAACAGAAAAUGAGAACUCAGACAGAGGAGCUGCAUUAUAAAUACGGUGUCUGUGAUAAAAGCUUUCAUCAGAGCUCAGCACUUCUUCAACAUCAGACAAUCCACAUCGGUGAAAAACCAUAUAUCUGUGAUGUGGGUGAAAAAGGUCUUGAGCUUAGCCCUCCCCAUGCAUCAGAAGCCUCACAAAUGUCUUGACCAGACAAGAAGUUAUAAUGCCAUGAAAAAUGUAUUUACAAUGUAAGAGAACUCCUUAAGAUGAAGAACUCUAAGCAAAUCUCAGACUUUCCUCAGAGCUCAGAUUUCACUGGGGACCAGAGAAUCUGCAAUUGUAGGAAUUUGAGAAAUGGUUUGCCCAGAGAGCUGUCCUUACAGAAGCUUAUCAGCCACUCCAAUGAGAAACCUUACAAAUGCUCUGAGUUUGGGAAAACCUUUAGUUCAAGCUUGUAUCUGAUCUCCCACAAGAGGAUUCAUACAGGUGGGAAACCUUACAAAUUUGGUGAAUGUGAGAAAGCUUUCUAGCAAUGGUCACCUCUUCUCAUUCCAAGAGAAUUCACAUUGGUGGACAGCAUUUUUAAUACCCUGUGUCAACAGUACUUCAGAGAGUGUGCACAUUUCAUUGGACGUCAGAACGCCCCACUGGGGAGAGACCCCCACAAGUGUGAAGAAAGCUUCCAACAGAACUAUGACUUUCUUACCUAUCAGAGAAGCCAUACAGGUGAAAAUUUCUAUAUUUGCCUUGAAGGUGGCAAAAGCAUUAGGUGGAGAGCCUUCUUGGGUUUGCACCCCAAAAAAAAAAAAAUCUGAGGAAAGACCUUAUGAAUUCUCUGAAUGAGAAAAGCUUCUGUCGGUGAUUGGUUUUUGUGGUAUACUGGGGAACUCACAUAAGUGAAAAACCCUAUAAAUAACCUUGAGUCUAAAAAAAAGCCUUGCAGGAAAUCCCUACCUUAUUGCGCCCCAAAGAACCUACUCUGCAGAUAAUUUUGUUCUAGUAAGAGAUCUAACUGUGGACUGUGUACAUUUAAUAGGUAUGAGAAGAACUGUUCUCAUAGUUAGUUGACUCAUAUAGUAGAGAUGACUUUUAAUGAGUCAAUAUGUAAACUGUUAUUUUUAGAUACCCAGAAACUUUUUCUGGGAGGAGCUAGAGCAGGUCAGAGUAGGCCUGAUGGGAAACUCAGGUAAAGAUGCUUUUCUUUUAUCUGAACCACUUAAUGAUUGCUUUACUUUCAGUUUUUAAAAUUUGGAACUCCAAUAAAGGAAAGGACUGUAACCUUGAGA